AUGAACAUUUCAGGAAGAAUGCCACAUGUAAUAUCUCUUCUUGAUAUAAGACUUCAAACACCAAUUCCAUAUAUUAUUAUUUUACGUGGUAAUGAGACAGAAGCAGAAGAUUUUAUCUUAAAAGGGAGUGUUGUAUUUUCAUUGAAUGACUCUAUUACUGUUAAAUCCAUUAUUUUCCGUUUUUAUGGUGUUAAUAAAGUCAAAUGGACAGAGGUAGUCAUGUCAUCAGCAAAAACACCAAUAGAACGAAAUCAGAAACAAAAAUCUCUUGUUUUUGAAAAAGAAAUAUCCUUUCUUCCAUUUCAAGGAACAAAAACAAUUGGAAAAGGAAAUUAUGAAUAUCCAUUUGAAAUCGUUAUUCCAGGAAAUAUUCAUGAGUCCAUUGAACCUUAUCAAUAUGAUGAUUCAAUGGGCUAUCUUAUUUAUAAAAUAAAAGUUACCAUAGAAAGGCCUGGGUUUUUAUCAAAUAUAGUUCAUAAAAAGCAUAUUCGUAUUAUACGUACAAUACCUCUUUCAUUUAUAGAUUUUAUUCAUACAAUGUUUGUUGAAGACACAUGGCUAAAUAAAAUAGAAUAUAAUAUCAAUAUUCCUACAAAAAUAUACGAAUUCGGAGGAUUAAUUCCUGUUAACAUGAGAUUUAUUCCAUUAAUAAAAAAUCUUAAACUUGCAAAGAUAAGCUUUUUUUUAAAAGAAUAUAUUACUUUAAGAAUCAUAUCCGGAUAUUAUGGCAUGCCAUCCAAAUAUGAUACUACUCGUCAAAUUUCAAGUUUUAAAAUUAAAAAUUUACCAGAAAAUGUAAGUGAAUGGAAAUUAGAGGAAACUAUAAAAAUACCAAAUUCUCUAUCUUCGUGUAUUCAAAAUUGCGAUGUCAAACAUAUUAAAGUGAGACAUAAAUUAAAAGUUAUCAUUACACUUAUUAAUCCUGAUGGCCAUAUUUCUGAGCUUCGAGCUUCUUUACCUAUUGUACUCCUAAUUUCACCUGCUUUAUUUACUAAUAUCGACGACUACGCUUAUCCAUUGUCUUUAGGACUUCAACUUCCAAGCUAUAAUAACCAUAUUUAUGACCCUGUCUGGGACGGCAUAUCUUCUAUCCAUACAUAUCCGAUGUUGAAUUCUCAAACAGCUAUGCCCCUUCAUUCAACAAACGAUUCUGCUGGUCCAUCAAAUCUCUACACUUCUGAUUCAUUAACAAUCUUAAAUGCCAAUUCAAAUAGACAUCAGACUUCUGAAGAAUCAGAUAAUACCAUACAAAAUCAAGAAAACGAAAAUAACAGUCUCAGCUAUUCUUCAGGUCAACAUUUUACAGCAUCUACCACACCAGAUACAACAUCUCCAGACACUUCAAUUCAUCAUGCACAAUCACAACAACGAGAAGAUUCUGAAUAUCAUGAGACAACCAUAACAAUACCUUCUAUAUCAAAUAGACAACCUCUCGAUAUUACUAGAAACCCAACUGCUCAAUCAACCAGCCAAGCAAGGGAUAAUAGUUUCAUUGAAAAUCUUUCUCGAGUUCCGCCAUAUCACAUAGCAAAUCGACCUAUUUCUACAACAAUAACUCCAAUCAGUAAAUCUCUCCCUACAUAUGAAGCAUCUAUAUGUCUUUCAUUACAGAAUAUAAACGAAACGUUAACUUCACAAUGUCCUGAACAAACUCUACGUCAACGUCUAGACCCUUUGAAACAUCAUACUAAUCGAUUUUUCAAGAUCUUCUUUAUUCAACAUCAUGUAUAA